UCGACUACUUAACUUAUAUGUUCUCAAGCAACAGCUGUAAAAACAGGCAACAAGUUUGAGUAGGAUGAUCUCCAGGAAGGUAGUCCUGGUGACGAUAAUGGUGGCCGUUUGUUACAGUUAUGUCGCGGCAGACCAGAAACACCAAAAGAAGACGUACAUAAUUCAUAUGGACAAAUCUGUCAUGCCAUCGACGUUUUCUGACCAUGUUGAGUGGUAUGAAACGUCCAUGAGAUCGGUUUCCAUGUCUACGGAAAUGUUGUAUUCAUACAACAAGGUGAUCCACGGAUUUUCCACGAGGCUUACUGUUGAGGAGGCAAAGCUACUUGAACAACAACACGGGAUUGUGUCUGUCCAAGAAGAGACAGUAUACAAACUUCAUACGACACAUUCACCUGAGUUUCUUGGACUAGAUAACAGUAAAGUGAUGUUUUCAGGGUCCCAGUCAAGUAGUGAUGUGAUAGUUGGAGUGGUGGACACGGGCGUGUGGCCUGGAAGUAAGAGCCUAGAUGACACAGGUUUUGGCCCGGUUCCCAGUUCGUGGAGAGGAGAGUGCGAGACUGGUACGGGCUUCAGCAAAUCAAGCUGUAAUAACAAGUUAAUAGGUGCACGGUAUUUCUCAAGAGCAUAUGAAGCAACUUACGGGGCAAUUGAUGAAAAUGUUGAAUCCAAGUCUCCUAUGGAUGAUGAUGGACAUGGAACACAUACUUCAACUACAGCAGCCGGUUCAGCAGUGACCGGCGCUAGUCUCUUUGGUUUUGCAAGAGGGACGGCACGUGGAAUGGCUCCUUGUGCUAGGCUGGCAGUUUAUAAAGCGUGCUGGCUAGGUGGAUGUUUUGGUAGUGACAUUCUAGCUGCUAUGGAGAAGGCUAUCACAGAUGGUGUCCAUGUGUUAUCACUGUCGAUAGGAGGCUCACUAUCUGAUUACACAACUGAUGUGGUUGCUUACGGGGCAUUCAAAGCAGUAUCACAUGGAAUAUUCGUAUCCUGCUCUGCUGGAAAUAGUGGUCCCGCACCUCUAAGCUUAUCAAACGUCGCCCCAUGGAUAGCUACAGUAGGAGCAGGAACUUUAGACCGCGAUUUUCCAGCAUAUGUUGUUCUCGGGAAUGGAAAGAAAUUCUCGGGUGUAUCACUUUACAGUGGGAAACCGUUAUCGGGCUCCAUGAUUCCACUAGUUUUUGCGGGAAAUGUCAGUAACAUGACAAAUAGUAACCUAUGCAUACCGGGCUCGUUGCCACAGGGUCGAGUUACUGGCAAGAUUGUGAUGUGUGAACGUGGGUCGAUUUCAAGGGUGCAAAAGGGGAUGGUUGUUAAGGCAGCUGGUGGUGCAGGAAUGAUCCUAGCUAACACUGAUAUAUUUGGGGAGGAGCUUGUGGCUGAUAGCCAUCUCUUGCCAAGCACAACCAUAGGUCAAAAAGCUCGUGAUGCCAUAAAGAGUUACAUAGUCUCGGAUCAUAAUCCAACGGCUACGAUCAUACCUGGAGGAACUCUAUUAGGCAUCAAACCGUCACCUGUAGUAGCAGCGUUUAGUUCUAGAGGCCCGAAUCCAAUUACACCAGAAAUACUCAAACCAGAUUUCAUAGCACCAGGGGUGAAUAUUCUAGCAGGUUGGACAAGUAAAGUAGGUCCAACUGGAUUAACUGAAGACCCUCGGCAUGUGGAAUUUAACAUAGUGUCGGGAACGUCGAUGUCAUGUCCACAUGUAAGCGGGCUAUCUGCGCUACUCAAGGAAGCUCAUCCUGAAUGGAGCCCAGCAGCUAUAAGAUCAGCACUUAUGACGACAGCUUAUACCACAUACAGAAAUGGUGAAGGACUGCAAGAUGUUGCAACCGGAGGGCUAUCAACCCCAUUUGAUCACGGUUCAGGACACGUUGAUCCUGUUUCGGCCCUUGAUCCUGGCCUUGUCUAUGAUGCAUCUGUUGAUGACUACCUGAGCUUCCUUUGUGCCUUAAAUUAUACUUCUGCUUCCAUUAAGAUGUUUGCAGGUGGAAAUUUCACGUGUGUGGUGGGAAAGAAAUACAGGGUGGAAGAUCUGAAUUACCCAUCUUUUGCAGUUCCUUUGAUGACGGCUUCAGGGGAAGGUGGAGGAAGCAGUGCACCAACUGUUGUAAAGUACACGCGAAUUCUGACUAAUGUCGGCCCUCCAGCAGCAUACAAGGUGUCGAUAUCGUCAAAGACGCGGGCUGUGAAGAUUAGAGUGGAGCCAGCAGAGUUAACUUUCACCGAGAAAAAUGAGAAAAAGAAGUAUACUGUGACAUUCACUGCUAGUUCCAUGCCAUCAGGGACUACCAGCUUUGGGAAUCUAGCAUGGUCUGGUGGAAAAUAUGUUGUAAGGAGCCCAGUAGCUUUUAUCUGGGUAUGAUUACAGUAUUCAAUAUGGUAAAAUAUUGCUCUAAAUCAACCUAUGUAAAUUCUUUACUAUGUAACUUUUUCUUACUUGAUAUACAAGUGAAAGAGAGUAAGUAUAAUAAAUUAACUAUAUGGCUUUGAAGAAAUCGUUGAUGAAACAAAAGUUUUUUACUAUA